UUAUUAGACAUAAUGAAUAUAAUUUGCAACGGCGUAACGGAGGUCGUGUUGAUGUUUUGCGCUGUGUUCAUAAAACUCAUUUUGCACACGUUUAUAUUUAAGGGCGCCCCAAUUAAUAGGUUAUAUUAGAAAUAUGACUGGAGAAGAUAGAUUAAACUCUUUGCGUGAACUUGCCAACCGAGCGUUGAAUGCGUCACAGGAUGAAAGGGCCUUCCUCUUUGCAGAUUUAACUGAUGCAAUUUUACAUUCUGAUAUUGAAUGUGCAGAGAUACGUAAUCUAUGCAAAUUGAUGGUUAUAACAUUAACAAAGUUUAAAGAUGAAAAGUCAAAGGAACUUGUUAAACGUUUUUUUGUCGCAAUGAUAAAUCAUCAACACGACGCCGCUACUGAGGGACUGAUGAUGGUAUUUAAGGUACUUGCUCUGAAAGAACUAGCCAAUGCGCCACCUUCUAAGGCUUCAAGAGCGGCAUUGAUUGCUCUAGAAUGGACGAUUCUAUUGAACAAACACUGUGAUAAUGAUUCCAAAAUAUUCAAAGACGAGUUACCUCGACUUGUUGACUAUCAAUCACAUUUAUAUCAGAUAGUGUUGCUAGCAUCUUGUGCUAAAAUGAAGCGGGCGGCCGAUGAUAUUAUUUUGGAAAUAUUUUGUGAAGAUAAUACGGAUAAUAUUUACAAUUCAUAUAAAGAUUUGCUUUUGAAAAAGGAACCCUCAAGUCAAUCGUUAGUAUUGCUUUUGACACUACUAAACUAUAAGAAAGAUUUGGCCACAUAUAAAGAUGAUUUAAUUGCUAUUUUCGUGAAAGCAAUUAUUGCCGCAAAGAAGAAACCUUUUUCUGCUAUUGUUUUGCACUCUGGCCUUCUCCUUAAUACAAUUUCAAAAAGCGAAUUUGAAACUAAAUUACUUCCACACAUGCAGAGAGCCGUUUUAAGAAAUCCAGAAGUUGUAAUUCAAGCUGUUGGCCUUAUAAUACAAGAAAUAAACUUUGACUUCAGUCCAUAUGCCCUGAAACUAACAAAUGUAAUAAUCCCUAAUUUAUGCUCCAAAGAUGAAACAACAAGGAAAGAAGCUGCUGAAACGGUCAAUAAAUUUGCAUCCAAAUGUUUGAAUGCAGACAUAAUUGCUGAAAUGCUACAAGGAUUAUUUGACACUUUAAAUGGAUCUGGUGGAAAAGUCACAGUAGCGGAGAUACGAAUUAAUAUUUUAGAGUGCGCAGGAAAUUUGCGAAAUAACAAAGUAAACCCUGUGGAUAUGCCAAUAUUAUUUCCAACUGUUAUACAAAUGUUCUCGAAAAUAUUGGUCACAGAAGUUCAUGAGAAGGUGCUCUGUAAAUCGCUAGAUGCAUUUGGCACAUGGUCUACCACAUUCACUGAAAACUUUAAUGCAACAAUCUGCGACAUUGCCAAAAAAGGUCUGCAAUUGAAAACCACCACACCAGCUGUUCGCUUAUCGUACUUACAGUGGCUCCUAACUUCUAUGAAUGACAAGUCAUUUUUUAUCGAAGACAGUUUUUUAACUAUUCUUGUAAAACUAUUUGAUCAAGGUAUAAUCAAUAGUUCUCAAAUCUCACUUGUAUCUGAAGCGGCGUGUGUUGCAUGCAUUCUUCUUAAAGCCAAGGAAGCUGAACAGAACACGUCUUUAAUAAGCUUCUGGAACUCAAUACUAGAUCUAAACAAAUCCAUAUUUUUUUCGGAGCGAUUUAUAGGAUCAUCAUCGCCGGAUAUGUUAUGCUGUAUAACUGAUAUCGCACAACGUCUUUUAACAGAACAUUACAAACAUAUUAAAGGAAAUUGUGAUGCCUUAUUUAGAGCAUUAGUACUCUCAAUUUUAUCCACAUCAAAAAAAGUGCGAGACUAUUCUAAAAAUCUGUUGUAUAAAUUAACAUCCAAUGAGCGGUGCGUCGAGUUUGGAAAACAUAUUUUUGAAGAAUUGGAAAACCAAUUAGCAAUAUAUGAGAAGACUCUAGAUGAAGCUGAUUCGCAUAUACUUGGAGAAUCUAUAAUAGAGACAGUACGAAUUAUGUGUAAUAUUUCAAAUAUUACUACAACAGAAUCGGAAUGUUUAUCUCUUCAAUUAAUUUUAGUAUGUCAUCAUCCUUUGGUGAAAAAUGUUGAACCCAAAUUUUGGGAAAAUUUAUUGAAGGAUCAAUUUGGAUUAGAUCCUCAAGAGUUUGUAUCAUCUAAACAUGUGCAACUUUUUGAACGUGUCGUCCUAAAAUUUAAGCCAACGCUUCUUUACGAAAAUGCAAUAGCAACAUUGGCAAGAAUAAGUUCUGAUACAUUCCUUCCACUUUUAAUAAGAAAUGUCACGAAUGAUUUAAAUAACCCCAGUAUGAUAAACGUAACAGAUGACGAAUAUUUUACGUUUUUAACCCCUGAUGGAGAAUUGUAUGACAAAAGUGUAAUACCAAAUACUGAAGACUUAUAUUCAACGACUGGACUAAAAAGGGAGAAUAAAGCUUAUAGUUAUAAGGAACAGAUAGAGGAACUGCAAUUGAGGAGAGAAAUAGAAGAAAAAAAACGGAAAGAUGGUAAAGCAAAACCAAUUAAACUUACACCAAAGCAAGAAGAAGUUAUACGGAAUCAAACAGAGAAAGAGCUUCAAAUAAAAAAACGUUUGCGAGACCUUAAUAAUAAACUGUUAAAUGCCGUGAAAAUUAUAGAAGCUGCAUUCAUUGGGAGUAGAGACAACUUUACAUUACAUUUUCCGAAAAUACUUAGCACCAUAUUAAUAGCUAUGAAGUCUCCUUUGGCUGCAGAUCGUCUGGUGCAACUGUACAUUUAUUUAAAUGAUGCAUGCUUUGAAAUUCCUACUUUGGGGAAACAAAUUGCAGUAACUACAAUCCGCUUACAAAAACCGCAUUGUGAUCUGAAUAAUGACUGGCUCAACAUUAAGCUGGAUGACGCUGUUAUGAGCACCAUCACUGAGCUUAAAACAUACACGUUAGAUAGCGGAAAUGCAUUAUUGAGUCCAGCAUUUACCUAUGUUUUUGAGUUUCUCCGAAGGGCGCUAUUUUGCACAUGUGUUUCAUCGAAUGAAGAUAUUUUAAUAUGGGGCAUUAAAAUUAUUGAAUUGCAUGCCCAAACAAGGGGGAAGACAAUUCACGGCGAGUUGUGUGACUCUCGCCAUCCAAAGUAUUUGCCUUGCUAUGAAAUGUUCCAGCUAUUAUUAACAUCUAUCCGAGUACAUAGCGGUAGAGUUCAAAAUCAAGCCGUCACUGCCUUACUUGAGGUUGCUAAGUGCAAGUCUGGCGAAAAUUAUUGUUCAACGGCCAAUAGAGAAGAAAUAAAGUUAUUUUUAGAUGCUUUAGAAGAUAGCUUGGAAACAGUUAGAGAUGCUGCACUUCGAGUGUUAUUAAUUUUGCAGAAAGCUGUAGAGGAUGUAUGCAAAAAUGAUGAUGAUUUUUCGGUUAUUUUCCAAAAUAUAAUUUGGAUAUCAAUAUUUGAUGUUUGUCCCGAAAAUCGCAGACUUGCCACUAAUCUUUGGGAAAACUUGAAGUUAAACAUUCCAGUCUAUGAACACAUUUUAGCGUAUGUUGUGCAUGAUGAUAUUUGCAUACAGAAAGCGGCAGCCGAUUCUUUAGUGCCAUUGCUUGGAUCUGACCCCUCAAAUGCCAAAGGCGUUUUAAAAAAACUUCUUAAAAUUUAUAAUGAAAAACUUGAAAAAAUUCCUCCGAAGUUAGAUAAGUUUGAUCGUGAAAUUGAACCCGCUAUUGAUCAGUGGAGGUCAAGAAGAGGCGUCGCCAUUGCUAUAUCGAAAACUGCAAAACAUUUCUCAAUUGAAGAAGUAAAUCAUGUGAUGCAAUUUAUGGUAUCUGCUGGACUUGGUGAUCGAGAUGAAAUUGUCCAUAAAGAAAUGCUAGCAGCUGCUCUUACUAUUGUCGAUAUUCAUGGAAAAGACACUAUUAUUGAUCUUCUUCCUGUGUUCGAGGAAUUUUUGGACAAAGCUCCUAAAUCUGAAAGCUUUGAUAACAUAAGACAAGCCGUGGUUAUUUUAAUGGGGUCAUUGGCACGCCAUUUAGAGAAGGACGAUCCAAGAAUAGAACCAAUCGUAAGAAGGUUAUUGACAGCGCUAUCAACUCCUUCUCAACAAGUACAAGAAGCUGUUUCAAAUUGUUUACCUCAUUUAAUGCCAUCAGUGAAAGAUGAUGCAUCAUCUAUGAUAAAACGGCUACUGCAUUUACUUGUAAAAUCAGAAAAGUAUGGUGAACGUAGAGGCGCUGCGUACGGGAUAGCAGGAAUUGUAAAAGGUCUUGGAAUACUAUCGCUUAAGCAAUUCGACAUAAUGGCUAAAUUAACAACAUUCAUACAAGAAAAGAAAAACUAUAAAUCUCGUGAAGGAGCACUAUUUGCAUUUGAAAUUCUCUGUACUACGCUAGGUCGUCUUUUUGAACCUUAUAUUGUACAUGUUCUACCUCAUUUACUACAAUGUUUCGGGGAUUCUUCACAAUAUGUAAGACAAGCUGCUGAUGAUACUGCAAAAGUGGUAAUGGCCAAGUUGUCGGCGCAUGGCGUGAAGUUAGUUUUGCCAUCAUUGCUUGAAGCCCUAGAUGAAGAUUCUUGGAGGACUAAAACAGCGUCAGUUGAACUUUUGGGAGCAAUGGCUUUUUGCGCACCUAAACAAUUGUCAUCAUGUUUGCCUGCCAUAGUGCCAAAAUUGAUUGAAGUUUUAGGUGAUUCUCACACGAAGGUUCAGCAAGCUGGCGCUGACGCUCUUAAGGUAAUCGGUUCUGUUAUAAAAAAUCCAGAGAUACAGGCAAUAGUCCCUGUUCUAUUAAAAGCACUUGAAGAUCCUUCCCGAUAUACAUCUAUUUGUCUUCAAAAUUUGCUACAAACAAAGUUCGUACAUUUUAUCGAUGCCCCUUCCUUAGCGUUAAUAAUGCCUGUUGUACAAAGAGCUUUCUUGGAUCGGUCUACAGAAACACGUAAAAUGUCUGCUCAAAUUAUAGGUAACAUGUAUUCACUAACCGAUCAGAAAGAUUUGACUCCGUACUUACCCAAUAUCAUACCCGGCCUAAAAAUGUCAUUGUUGGAUCCUGUGCCAGAAGUAAGAGCCGUUUCAGCACGAGCUUUGGGUGCAAUGGUACGAGGAAUGGGAGAAUCGUCGUUUGAGGAUUUAUUACCUUGGUUAAUGCAGACACUUACUUCUGAAUCGAGCAGUGUUGAUCGAAGUGGGGCAGCUCAAGGGCUUUCUGAGGUUGUUGGAGGUCUUGGAGUCGAAAAAUUACACAAGCUUAUGCCUGAAAUAAUUUCGACUGCAGAGAGACAUGAUAUAGCGCCUCAUGUAAAAGAUGGCUAUAUAAUGAUGUUUAUAUAUAUGCCAAACACAUUUCCCCAAGAUUUUACACCAUACAUAGGUCAAAUAAUAAAUCCUAUUCUGAAGGCACUUGCAGAUGAAAAUGAAUAUGUUCGUGACACAGCGUUAAAGGCAGGUCAACGUAUAGUAAAUCUUUAUGCAGAAACGGCUGUUACCCUUUUACUACCAGAACUGGAAAAAGGAUUGUUUGACGAUAAUUGGCGUAUCAGAUUUAGUUCAGUUCAGCUACUCGGCGAUUUGUUAUACCGGAUAUCUGGGGUUUCUGGCAAGAUGACGACCGAAACAGCUAGCGAAGACGAUAAUUUUGGAACUGAGCAAUCUCAUACCGCUAUUAUACGAUUUUUGGGUAAUGAAAGGCGAAAUAGAGUACUAUCAGGCUUAUACAUGGGACGUAGUGAUGUUUCCCUUAUGGUUCGACAAGCGGCACUGCAUGUGUGGAAAGUCGUUGUAACAAAUACCCCACGAACGCUACGUGAAAUUCUCCCUACUUUAUUUGGACUACUUCUGGGCUGUUUGGCCAGUACAAGUUAUGACAAAAGACAAGUAGCUGCGCGAACAUUGGGAGAUCUUGUUAGGAAACUAGGAGAACGAGUAUUACCCGAAAUAAUACCUAUACUCGAAAGUGGUUUGAACUCUGAGCAUGCAGAUCAACGACAGGGUGUUUGUAUUGGAUUGUCUGAAAUAAUGGAAUCUACAUCAAAGGAAAUGGUCUUAUCUUUUGUGAAUAGUCUAGUUCCAACUGUGAGAAAAGCACUUUCCGAUCCACUUCCAGAAGUAAGACUGGCUGCAGCUAAAACAUUUGACUCACUUCAUUCUACAGUGGGUUCAAAGGCUUUAGAUGAUAUAUUGCCAUCAAUGAUGGAAGGACUUUCCGACCCUGAUCCGAAUAUAUCUGAGAAUACGUUGGAUGGAUUACGACAGGUUAUGUCCAUAAAAUCACGCGUUGUACUACCAUAUUUAGUUCCACAAUUAACAACACCACCAGUAAAUACUAAAGCUCUUUCCAUUCUUGUAUCAGUAGCUGGAGAUGCACUUACAAAAUAUUUACCUAAAAUUCUCCACGCUCUUUUGGAAGCACUUUCGGAAGCACAGGGAACGAGCAACGAAAUGCAAGAAUUAGAAUACUGUCAGGCUGUUGUGUUAUCAGUAACGGAUGACGUUGGCGUUCGAAUUAUCAUGGAUACCUUGAUGGCCUCUGCUAAAUCUGAAGUUUCUACAACUCGAAAAUCUUCUGUUAGCUUAUUGUCAGCUUUCUGUAUACACUCACCUGGCAAUUAUGCCCAAUAUGUACCACAGUUAUUGCGAUGUCUUCUUCGACUCUUAGCAGAGAAAGACCGAGAUAUAUUACAGCACUCGUGGGAAGCUUUAAAUGCGGUGGUAAAAGGACUGGACUCAACACAGCAAAUUUCUUAUGUAUCCGAUGUCAGACAAGCAGUUCGUUUUGCAGCAAGUGAUUCUAAGGAAGCAGAAUUGCCGGGAUUUUGUUUACCAAAGGGUAUUACACCUUUAUUACCUGUGUUUAGGGAAGCAAUUUUAAAUGGUCUUCCAGAAGAGAAGGAAAACGCAGCACAAGGUCUUGGAGAAAUUAUAGUUCUUACAAGUGCACAAUCCCUUCAACCUUCCGUUGUUCAUAUUACUGGCCCGCUUAUUAGAAUCUUAGGAGACAGAUUCAAUGCAGGUGUAAAAGCUGCAGUUCUUGAAACACUUGCAAUAUUGCUUCACAAAGUUGGUGUCAUGCUAAAACAAUUUUUGCCACAACUACAAACUACUUUUUUGAAGGCACUGCACGAUCAGAAUCGUUUGGUGCGCAUGAAAGCCGGAUAUGCUUUGUCUGAAUUGGUUGUAAUUCAUACAAGGGCAGAUCCAAUUUUUAAUGAAAUUCACAACAGUCUUAAAAUAAGUGAUGACUCCGCUACGCGAGAAACAAUGUUGCAUGCUCUGCGAAAUAUUAUUACUCCAGCAGGAAAUAAAAUGUCUGAUUCUCUUAAAAAACAGGUUAUUGGAACUUUAAUUAGUCUGCUUGGACAUCAGGAGGAUAUUACGCGAGGAGCUGCAGGAGGAUGCCUGGGUGCACUCCUUAAAUAUCUCCACAGCCAUGAAAUAGACGACCUGAUUCGUAAUUAUAUGUUGCUGGAGGAAGGUAGUGAUGCAGCAUUCAACCACGGGCGAACUGUGUUUUUAUUUGUAGGACUUAAGGAAUGUGCAGACAUUGUUUUAAAUUCAGGACACGAAGAGUUAAUUUUAGCAUCGAUUAUUUUGCAUAUAUCUUCUGACAAAGUUUCAAUUGCUAGUAACGGUAUACGAGCAGCAACGUAUAUAAUUAAAUAUAAAUUGGAAUCGCAAAAACCAUUACCAUCGCAAGUUUUAUGGACCUUUUCUCGAGCAAUGAAUCACACCAACAAUGAAAUAAAACAACUGGUAGCUAAAUGUUGCAAUUAUAUUGCAAAUUCUUCAAACGUAAAGGAAUUGCCAAUAGAAUUGAUAAAAUCAUUAAUACCAAUGCUUGUUAACGGAACAAAGGAGAAGAAUGGAUAUGUUAAAUCAAACGCUGAAAUUGCUUUAGUAUCUAUUUUACAAUUAAGGAAAGAUGAGACUGUCUACGAACAUGUGUGCCAAGUACUUGAUCCAGGUGCUAGAGAUUCCUUGUCCGAGGUCGUGAGUAAGGUUUUAAGAAAAGUUGCGGUUCAGCCACCAGGAAAAGAUGAAGAAUUGGAUGACACUAUUUUAGUUUAAACGCUACUUGUUGUUUAUACUAUAAAAACGUAACUCAUACAAUCUGUAAUUAGCUAAAAAAGCUUAAUAUUAUCGCAAAUAAAUACCUUUUUAAUAUUAUCAGUUAUAUUCGCAUAACCUGAA